GCCAAUUUGGUUAGCAAAACGCAGCUUAAUCAAAACAACAAAACCCUCUCUCGUCUCUUAUUUUCUCUCUCUAAGACACUCCCUUCACUCUCUCUCUAAGUCUCAACUGAAAAAUGGCAGCAAUUUCUAGAAAGUCGUCAGCAACCGGACCGGUCCUCCGGUCCACCGCCUCACCCUCACUGUCCGGGAGAUUCUACAACUCCCACUCCUCCGCCUCCACCGGCUUCGCCUCCUCCACAUCCAGCUUCUCCUCCCGCACCGCCGGUGGUUUCUUCACACGCGCCGCCUCUCCCCCGCGCGUGAGCCUCGCCAGGCCCUCCCCUUCCGCACAGUCCGUCCGAUUCUCCCUCCUCGACCGCCCUACCUCCCCUAGCCGCUCCAUCUCCGUCUCGCCUCACGGCUCCGGCUGCCACCACCGGAGCGCGAUGAAGAAGCAGAUCAACACCACCAAGCGGACCUGUAUGUGCUCCCCUACUUCUCACCCUGGCUCCUUCCGCUGCAGCCUACACAAGAACACGUCGGCGAGCUCCUCCUCCGCCGUGCCGUACUCGCAGAACCGCCUCAACGCGCGCAGAUCGGCGAUGACGAACUCGCUCGUCAGGAUCGGCGGCGUCGAAGGCGAGAUCAUGAAGCGCGCCUUGGCCGCUCUCAUCCGUCCCUCCUCCCACAGCCAGCGCCGCCGCGCCGACUUCCGCCCCCGGCCCAGCCGGCUCUCAAAGUGCAGCGAGUGAUUCCGAUAGGUAAACAAAAUUUUGAACAAAGUGAAGCGCGCUCGGAUCCUGAUUUCCCGGCGAAUCGAAGCCGCUCGCGGCGGAAUCCGGCGACUGUGAUCUGAUAUGGAACGGUAUGAUUCGGAACGGACUUGGUUUUUGUGUGUCCUCCGGUGACUGCUAUAGAGGACUAGUGUAUGAUGAAGAAAACCUAGGCCCUUUCUGUAUAUAUAGAAUACGAAAAUUAUAUGUAUCUGUAUGGCGCGCCAUUGUUAAUGGCCUCUCCAAUCCAAUCCGGGACUCGAUUAACUUCGAUUUUAGCAACUUAAUUUGAUCCCCGAACUUAAAUUCAGAUCCGAAUCCAUUCGUUUCAAUUGGGGACACUUGUUCAAUCUGGGUUCUCAUUCACCCAAUUCAAUCACAUCGCCGGAAUUUGAGUACCAUUGCUUGUACCUACCGAUCCGUUAAGUUCGUCUCCGAUACCAUAUUCCGGUUUUAUUGAGGUGAAUGGUUAUUUCUUCCUCCUAAUUUAUUCCUUUUCCGUUUGUCUAAUUUCAUUAUUUCUGUCUUGUGCAGGUUCCUGUUCU